AUGGGUAACCUGCAGCACUCUGUGCAGAAGAAACAGCACCGUGAGCGGUCGCAAGUUCAAGAGAGAAGCAAGUUUGGGUUCUUGGAAAAGCACAAGGACUAUGUAAAGCGUGCCAAGGACUACCAUAAUAAGCAAACCACUUUGAAAGUGUUGAAGAGCAAAACGAAGGAACGGAACCCAGAUGAAUUCUAUUUUGGAAUGAACUCAAAGAAAUUGGGGUCUGAUGGGCUAUUGAUAACCAGCAGGCACGGUGGUGAAGAAUCCGAUGGGGUAUUGAACAUGGAUCAAGUGAAGCUUUUGAAGACGCAGGACAGCAAUUACGUGCGUACGAUGAGGCUAGUGGAGUCGCGUAAGAGUGAGAAGAAGAAAAACUCGAUGAUGUUCACGAGCAAUGGGAAACAUACUGUUUUUGUAGAGGAUCAAGAAGCGAUGGAAUCAUUCACACCGGAAGAAUAUUUCAAGACCAGUACGGAUAUGGUUGAUCGUCGAGAGAACAGGUUGAGAACGGAUCAACUAGAGGGGGUCAAACUAGGUUCGUUGCCUGGAAAAGCACAAAACGAGGAAUCGCUACGCAAGAAGAAGUUGAAGAAAUACAAGGCGAUCACGAGACACAUGGAAAGAGAGAGCCAGCUUGCUGCGGUAGAGGAACGAAUGAAUUUACAAAGAGAAGUGAUGAAAUCGGGGUCCAAGAAGAAGAUUGAAGUGAACGGGAAGGUAACGUACAAGUGGAAGAAACAGAGAAAGAGGUGA